AUGGAGCUGCUACUGAUCCCUACGGCUUUGUUUGCUGCUUUUCUACGUUUCUUCAGCUUCUUUGACUUCUUUGACACUAUGGGGUGGUCUUCCGCAACCAAUUGGGCCACGCCGGCCAAGCUGGCCGGCCUUUUGAUGCUCCCAUUGCUCCCAGUCCAGGCGUCUAUCGAGGAUGUCGGUCUCCUCCCAGCACCCCCAAUGGGGUUCAACAAUUGGGCCCGCUUCAUGUGUGAUCUCAACGAGACACUGUUCACCGAAACUGCCAAGUCAAUGGUGAGCCGCGGUCUUUUGGAUGCGGGCUACAAUCGCCUCAAUCUCGAUGACUGCUGGAUGAGCCAUGACCGUGCCGCAGACGGAUCUUUGCAGUGGAACGAGUCCUUGUUCCCCAACGGCAUCCCAUGGCUGGCCGACUUCGCCCACCAACAUGGCUUCCAUCUUGGUAUCUACGAAGACUCGGGCAAUGCCACUUGCGGUGGUUACCCUGGCUCCUAUGGUUACGAGGACCAGGAUGCCGAGACCUUCGCCAGCUGGGGCAUCGACUACCUCAAGCUGGACGGAUGCAAUGUGUAUCCCGAGGAUGGCCGCUCCGAUGUCGAGGAGUAUAACUUCCGCUAUCGACAGUGGCACAACAUCUUGAGCGACAUGGAGGAGCCACUGAUCUUCUCUGAUUCCGCGCCUGCGUACUUCUGCACCGACCCCGUCCAGUGGGCUGAGGUUAUGGACACGGUUCCCUACUAUUCAGAGUUGGCCCGUCACUCGGAUGAUAUUAUCACCUACACUGAAAAGGGUAACCCGUGGGAUAGUAUCAUGACCAAUUACCACUUUAACACUCGCGUGGUGCGCUACCAGAUGGCCGGCUACUACAACGACCCGGACUUCCUCAUCCCAGACCACCCAGGUCUGAGCAUGGACGAGAAGAAGUCGCACUUUGCUCUCUGGGCCUCCUCGGGCGCCCCGCUGAUCAUCAGUGCAUACAUCCCCGAUCUAUCAGACGAGGAGAUCGAGUUCCUCUCUAACAAGGAUCUGAUCGCCGUGGACCAGGACCCUAUGGCUGAGCAGGCUGCCCUAGUCAGCCGCGACAGCCAGUUCGAUGUACUGAGCCGCUCCCUGGUAAACGGUGACCGGCUAGUCACCGUCCUAAACACCGGCAAGAACACCGCAUCCACAGAAAUCUCUCUUGAGAGGCUGGGUCUGGACUCAAGCUGCCAGUACCGUGCCCGCGAUCUCUGGACCGGCGCCGUCUCCACCGUCCAGAAGAGCAUCGAUGUUACCCUGGACAGCCACGCCACCAGCGUCCACCGCAUCACACCCCCGCGCGGAUGCACCAGCGUCACUCCUACCGGCAUGGUCUUCGACACAACCUCGGGCCUCUGCCUGACCGCAGGAAAGACGACGUCAUUCGAGACCUGCAAGGGAUCUGAUUCCCAGACAUGGCGCAUCUCCGGUACCGGCACCAAAUUGGCUAUCAGCCCGCUCUCAGACGUGAAGAAGUGUCUUGCGGCCUCUGCCAGCGGAUCUGGAGUUGAGCUUGUGCCGUGUGGGAGUGGAUCCAGUGCGACGUGGACGUACUCUAUGACUGGCCAUCUGCAGAACUCCAGGGGUGGCUGCCUGACGGACUCCGCCGGGGCUGCCAAAAUGGGAACUUGUAAUCAGGAUCGCGCCGAUCAAAUCAUUGGGCUGCCAAGUGGCGUUCGCCUGUCCGAUUUGGGUUCUCCGCAGUGA